AUUAAGCACAAAACGCGAAUAUUGUGUGAAAUGUGACAUCACGCGGGUCCUGACAGCGGAGGCCCCCAGAGGUGUGCUGAUAAUGUGGAGCCUGAGCAGUAUGGCACGCGUUUUCAAUUAAAAUGCGCUUUUAUGUGGACAUGACAGCCACCAUACAUGCCUGCAUCUGCGGUUUUAAAAGGCGACUCUAAGAAAAAUGCCUUAUGGGAAACACCGUCAUUCGAUUACAUUCCAGAAUUAGAGGACCAAGAAUAAGCUGCAUUUUCUAUGAUAACGUUUUGUACCCAAUCUGCUGGCGCAGACUUUUAUUGCAUCGCAAACCUGCCGUCCUCGUCUCCCGAAUCGUGUCUCCGACCGUCCCGUGAGGCGACUGCCUAUCAUGAGAUUCCGAAUUUACAAGCGAAAGGUGGUAAUACUGACUGUAGUGGUGGUCAUCUGCGGAUUCGCCGUCUGGAAUAGCGGGAAACCGAAAAAGUUUCCCAAAGAGGUGGAAACGGGUAAACGGAGUAGCGUUGGUGGUCAAGAACAAAUACAUGUCACGAUCCCAGUAACCCGUAAAACUAUCAACGAAACUCUUCCGGAAAAACUACAAGUACAACUACAGGCAGCUGCCAAAUCCGAAGCGGACAACGCAACUCUGGUGUACAGAGGAAUCGUCUUUCAACUCAACUUCGACCAGACACUAAGAAACGAGGAGAAGUUUCGUUCCGUGCGCCAGAAGGACGACCUAGUCGUCGUCGUCCAAGUUCACAACCGUCCCGAAUACCUACGCCUGUUGGUGGACAGCUUGAGGAAAGCGAAAGGAAUCGAGAACGUCUUGCUGAUAUUCAGCCACGACUUCUGGUCGCCGGAAAUCAACCGGAUAGUCACGUCCGUCGACUUCUGCUUGGUCCUUCAGAUAAUCUUCCCCUUCAGCAUCCAGCUCUAUCCUCAAGAGUUCCCCGGGAACGACCCCAGAGAUUGCCCUCGAGACAUUCCCAAGAAAGAUGCCUUAACCCUAGGCUGCUUAAACGCAGAGUACCCAGACUCCUUCGGACACUAUCGGGAAGCCAAGUUCUCGCAGACCAAACACCAUUGGUGGUGGAAGCUGCACUUCGUUUGGGAUCGAGUCCGAGUCUUGAAAGAACACCAAGGACUCUUAUUGCUCAUCGAAGAGGACCACUACCUCGCCCCCGACUUCUACCACCUUCUCAAACUCAUGGUGUCCCUCAAGAAAGAGCAGUGUCCCGACUGCGACAUCUUGUCUCUAGGAAGCUACGGACACGUCAGCUACUCCAGCAAAGCCAACAAAGUGGAGGUGAAAGCAUGGAAGUCCACCGAGCAUAACAUGGGAAUGGCGCUGAACAGAGAUACCUACCAGAAACUCCUCAGAUGCACCGAUGCCUUCUGCACCUACGACGACUAUAACUGGGAUUGGUCGUUGCAGCACCUCACCGUGACCUGUUUGCCCACGUUCCUGAAGGUCAUGGUCAGCGAGGCGCCUCGCGUCUUCCACGCCGGAGACUGCGGCAUGCACCACAAGAAGUCGGCUUGCAUGCCAUCCAGCCAGAAGACGAAGAUCGAGAACAUUCUCCAAAGCAGCGGGAACCAGCUAUUCCCCAAACAGCUGCUCAUUACAAAGAGACUCCCAGCUUCCGGAGCCAAAGGAGUGGCUCCGCACGUCAAAAACGGAGGCUGGGGAGACAUCAGGGACCAUGAACUCUGCAAGAGCUACCUUCGAUUGCAGUGACUUUGUAUUGUUUUUGCAUCCUCUAAUGAAAGCCUUUAUGGACUAUUUCUUCCUAUUGCCUGUUUUAUUGAGAUAUUCCAAAUAAAAAAAGUAUGUGGCAUUUGGAUUUGGUGGUUAUGAGCAUCAUUGAAGUAUUAUCACUGAAAACAAGUGUUAUUGUUGUCAUAUUAUCUAUUAUUAAACAGCAUUUUUGUGCCGAAGAAGACGUUUGUAUGUAAGAUUUUACGAUCUGCAAAAGCAUGAAC